CUUCCCUGUGUGCGCAUCAGACCACUUCUAUGUCUUUUGCUUAAACUUCAACAAGAUGACUUUGGAUAUACUUGACAACAAAAUUUUACCAGAAAAUGUCUCCAUUCACGACAAGUAUAAAGACUACCCAGCUAAAAUUGCAAUUGCUUAUGGUAGGUUCCUGGUAUCCCUGGGCUACAACAUGAUAAGCAGCCCUCUAAGGCCUCGCAUAGUGGAAAUGCCAUGGAGAACAAACGUCAACACUUAUGACUGUGGCAUUUAUGCGAUGCGCCAUAUGGAAAAAUACAACGGCGAAUGGGAAGACAACUUUGAAACUGGCCUCACAGCUGAUAAUUUUGACAUGAUCAAGCAACUGAGAAUUCAGUACUGCAUUGACAUUCUCAUGACCAUAGUCAACACCCGUGCUUCGUGGGUUGCUGAUCGUGCCAAGGCGCAUGCUAAAGGGAAGUCCAAGGACACAUAGCUUCACCUCCGCGCUUUUAUCAGACAUUUGUAAUGCUCGCUUUUUCUUGAACUAAACAAAACUUAUGAUCCCCCCCAGACAUUUCUAGUAAUACUUUUGUAUUAGCAAUACA